AUGUCUAAUGAGAUCCAUCCAGGGGCGCGGCGCUUUGCCUUUAGGUGCCUGGCGGCUGUUGCUGGCAUUACACGAGAUCCAUGCCAUCGGGUCCCCUUGACGUACACGGUUGAAAGUGGACUCCCGCGGCGGAGGCACAUCGGCCACCCGGUUCGGCCUCCCGUUAGCGGUCGAUGCCCUCUGUUAAGCCGGUGGAUCCCCCGGUGGACUGGGGCCCUGGAGGUUGCCAUGAUCCAUCCGAAGGGUGCGCUUAUGGGGGCGUGCCUCGCGAGUUCUUAA